UUUAGAGAAACUUCAGAUGCGGAGAAGCAUGGCUAAACUUGAGCUCUAUCGAAAGUUUACUAAUUCACUUGCAGUUUCUGUGGUGCUCUCUAUUGCAUGGAUAGGUUAUGAGCUAUACUUCAAUGCAAGUGACCCAUCAAGUGAGCCUUGGGAAAUUGCCUGGAUUAUUCCAGCUUUCUGGAAUCUGCUUUCAUUUGCGCUCUUGAUUGUCAUAUGUAUUCUUUGGGCUCCUACUCGCAACCCAACUAGGUACACUCAGUGACCUUGCCCUUUAAUUGUUUUUUGAU